AUCAUAUCAAAGUUGGUUCCUCUCUGCAUACCUCAAUUAUCUUCUCUUUGUCCAAAAGAAAAUCUUAGCCUAAUAACAACCUUAGCCAUAUAUGGAGAACAAUAUUAAAAAAAAGAGACCUAUGUGUCUCUUGGAUUUGCCUGAAUCGACCUUGGAUUUCAUUCUGAAGCUCCUUUCUCCAAUAGAUCUUUGUAAAAUGUCAAAGGUGUGUGUCUCUUUAAAGGGUAGGUGUCAAAGUGAUGACUUUUGGAAAACAAAUAUCAAAGAGAAAUGGGGUAGAGUGAUUGGUGAAGCUGUUUAUAAGGAGUGGGAAUGGCAUAUAACAAUUGCCAAACAAGGAAAUUUGUUGAAUCAACGAACCAAUAAUCAAAUUGGGUCACUGGGUUCUUUUAAUGGUGUUUGGCCAAAUCUACAUCUUCGUUCAUAUUUGGAAGAUCACAAGGUCCUCAAUGGUCAACGGUCAAACAACUUCUUCAUGUCUUUGUAUUUCUCUCUAGACAGUGGCAUCUUCUGGUUUCCUGCUCAGGUCUACAAGGGGCUAAUGGUUCACAAUGCGUUGGUUAGCUAUGACUCUCAAUCUGAUACUUUUCAAGCAAGGUAUCAAAGUGGAGGUUGGCGAUGUCUAGGGAAGAAUAUUGAGUGGGAUAUGGUGAGGAUUCCCACACUUGAUUCACCUCCUUAUGCUAUGCACAUUUCUGACUGUUUAGACGACUUGAAACCUGAGGAUCAUAUUGAGGUUCAGUGGAGAGGAAAUACACAAUGUCCUUAUGAUUGGUGGUAUGCUGUUAUUGGUCACUUGGACGCGUGUCAGAAAGGAAUUUAUUGUCAGUGUCAUUGCAGCGAAACGUUGAUCGUGGAGUUCAGGCAAUACCCUGAAACAUCAGGCAUGAGACGAAUAAGGUUGUCUAGGAAGAAGUACGAGGAACAAGCUGAACGAACUGGCGGAUUCUAUGGAGGAAUUAGAAAGCUUCAUAAUGAAGAUGAGAUUGAAACAUGGAAGAACCUCUUCUCACGUCAAGUUCAGAUUUCGCCUGUGUUAUAUAUGCCUCCAGUAGCAGCACCAGUCCAAUUCUUCUAGAUUUUGAAGCCAAUCUCAGGGUUCAACUGCUUUAUUUGUGAAGGAAAUUAGUUGCAAUUGGCUUUGCAAAACCAAGCUGUUGAAGCUAACUGUUAUUAAAGAAACGUUGAUGCUGUAAUAUAAAUUUCACCCAAAAAAGGGAACAUUUUAAGUAACUGUUUCACGGAUAUUUGUGCAUUCAUACUUCAUAUUUUUACUUGACUGUUUUUCUAAAAUGUGUUAUUUUAUUUUCUCGUAUAAAAAAUUCUUCACUUACAUUUAUGUGUACGAGUAAUGAGUAAUGCUCAGUAGCAUGGACAGG